AAGCAUUUCAAACGGUCGUUUCGAAUUCAGCGACUGAAACAAGUAAAUAGCAGCGAGAUUGUAGUGAACUUUUCUUGUGUACCUCGAUAUUCUUAUUGUGCUAUCGUGAUAAUAAUUUCUUUGCGAUGAAUACAUCUGGAGGCAAUAACAACGCAUCGAGCCAUCAACCGCGUAAGAUAUCUAAUCAAAACAUUCAGGUGUAUGUGCGUGUAAGGCCCCUAAAUGCACGAGAACGUUGCAUACGGUCAGCGGAAGUCAUUGACACCAUAUCGCCCCGUGAAAUAGUAACUAGACAUACGGUUGAUUCGAAGCUGACGAAAAAGUUCACUUUCGAUCGCGUAUUUGGUACAGACUCGCGUCAGGCGGAUGUAUACAGCACGGUGGUGGCACCUCUUAUUGAAGAGGUGCUGUCGGGCUACAAUUGCACUGUAUUUGCUUACGGACAAACUGGCACGGGCAAAACGCAUACUAUGGUUGGCACCGAAUGCGCAGAAUUGAAAUCAUCCUGGGAAGACGACUCGGAUAUUGGUAUUAUACCCCGAGCUUUGAGUCAUCUUUUCGAUGAGUUACGCAUGUUGGAAAUGGAAUUUUCGAUGCGUAUUUCCUACUUAGAAUUGUAUAAUGAGGAAUUGUGUGAUUUGCUAUCGUCAGAUGAUAGUGUAAAGAUCCGUAUCUUCGACGAUAGCACGAAGAAGGGUUCUGUAAUUAUUCAGGGCUUGGAGGAGAUACCAGUUCAUAGCAAAGACGAUGUGUAUAAGCUUCUCGAGAAAGGAAAAGAGCGACGCAGAACAGCUACGACCUUAAUGAAUGCACAAUCCUCACGAUCGCAUACAGUAUUUUCAAUUUUAGUGCACAUUCGGGAAAAUGGCAUAGAUGGAGAAGAAAUGUUAAAAAUUGGCAAGUUAAAUUUGGUGGAUUUAGCCGGCAGUGAAAAUGUUACUAAGGCGGGAAAUGAAAAGGGCAUACGGGCGCGAGAAACAGUAAAUAUUAAUCAGAGUUUGUUGACAUUGGGUCGUGUCAUCACAGCUUUAGUGGAACGGACGCCGCAUAUACCAUAUCGUGAAUCGAAACUAACACGUCUUCUUCAGGAAUCAUUAGGCGGUCGAACCAAAACAUCGAUCAUUGCCACGAUCUCACCUGGUCAUAAAGACAUAGAAGAAACAUUAAGUACGCUUGAAUAUGCACAUCGCGCUAAAAAUAUUCAAAAUAAACCAGAAGUAAAUCAAAAAUUAACCAAGAAAACCGUACUUAAAGAAUAUACGGAGGAGAUUGACAAACUAAAACGUGAUUUAAUGGCAGCUCGGGAUAAAAAUGGCAUUUACUUAGCCGAGGAGACUUAUACCGAAAUGACAUUGAAAAUGGACUCACAGCAUCGGGAACUAAAUGAAAAAAUGUUACUUUUAAAGGCACUAAAAGAUGAACUGUCAAAUAAGGAACGAAUCUUUACAGAAGUCAGCCUCAAUUUAGUCGAAAAAACAGAGGAGCUGAAGCGUACGACACAAAAUCUUACUCAGACGCAAGGCGUGUUACAACAGACCAAAAGAAUCCUUAAUUGUACAAAAAAGCGUUAUAAAGAAAAGAAAGUCUUGUUGCAAUCCCACAUGAAAACCGAGGAAGUGUUAACAAAUCAAGCGCUUCAGAUACUGGAUGUUGCUGAUGUUGCUACAAAAGACACACAUCAGCUGCAUAGCACAAUUGAGCGUAGAAAAGAUGUUGACGUAAAGAUCAAAACUGCUUGUGAACGAUUUUCCGAACGAAUGCAUGAUAACUUUGAUGUAAUGGAUAGUAACUUAAGUGUCAUGAAAGAGCAACAACAAUCCUAUACUCAAAUGCUUCUGGAAGAAUUUGCCAACUCUGCAAACGUCCAUAGAAAGCUGAUAAGUAAUAGUGGCAUGAAAAUUAAAAGUGUGAAUGACUUAUGUAAAGAGUCGCUUGCAUCCACCACCGCAAUCGUUGAGAAGUGCUCGAAAGUUCUAGCUGAUUCUAGCAGUAAACACAAAGAUAUUUUAACUCAGCUGUUCAAGGAAUUGGAAAACAAACAACUCGAAUUGGUUACGCAGAUGCAGAAUAAACUGGUAGACUUAAUUAAGUUUACCGAUCAGCAAAAAGCCACCACUGAAAAAAUGUGUAGUACCGUAGUAGAAAGUCUCCACGAGAAGUCUAAAAACCUUCAAACCCAUACCACCCAAAUGACAGAAGGAAUUGCUAAAAUAAAACAAAUCUCGGAUGCCAGCGUAGAGCAGUUAACAAAACUACAAAUUGAGAUCGAAAAUGAACGAGCUGCUUCAGCCGAAGAACGCACAGUCAUGGACGAAAUCUUAGACAAGUUGAAUGCUUUGAAGGAAAAGUCGUACAGUAGCAGGCAGUCGCGAGCAAAUGAAAUUACAAAACUAAAACUUGAGUUGGAAGAAAACGCGCAGUCGACUAUUGAUCAACUACAGCAGACCUCUGCGCUAUCGCAAAACUUCUGUGAGACGAGUUGUAAUCAAGAUGUAGCAACGCAACGGGAGUGCGAACAGCAUGCCACUGUUGCACUGGAAUUCACUAAUCAGCAAACAAAUGUGCACAAAUCACUCCAGGAGCAAUUGCGCAGUUUGCAAACGGACGGUGGCAUGCGUGUAGAAGAGUUCACAACUACAGCUGCUGCCCACUCGGAGUACACACAGAAAGUGCUGGAAGAUUAUGCAGAUGAAAUAAAACGAAGCCGUUUUGACAGUGAACAGAAAAUUGAAGAAGCAACUGAUGCUGUAAAUAAGGGCCUUGCCGAAGAUGCUCAACAACUGAAGCAGCACGUAGUAGUCUCAAACGGAUUGACCAAUUCUUUGCAACAAAAUAUUCUGAAUUAUGCAAACACCUACGAAGAUCAGAUGAAAACUUGUGUAGACGAUGUAAACCAAUUUAAGCAAAGUGAGCUCAAGACUUAUGCUCCAACAGGCACCACUCCAUCUAAACGCAAUUUUGUGUAUCCUCGCUCAUUAGCAGCGACAUCGCCACACAUUGAUAUCGUAAAACGGUUUCGGCAAGAGAACGAUUGGUCGGAUUUGGAUACUACAGCGCCUAUUGAUGAAGGAAGUGAAGAUGAACACGAACUAAAGAAUUCGGUUCAAGGAGUGUCCACUACUGAAACCCUAUUAAACUCAACCCCUAUAGAUUUAACGAAUGUAGAAACUCCACAACACUAUACGUACGCAUCCAAAAAGCUAAAUGUUCUAUCAAAACCACUACGCAUCAGUAACUCGCUGUUCAACGGCAGUUCGCCGAGCAAACCAUCCCCAAUGCACAAUUCGUCAGCACCAAUUGCUAGAGCAAACAAGGAAAAUGUCUCCUGAGUUUCAACGCAUGGUAUAAGUCAGUAAGAAAAUAUUGCAUCCAUAUGUCAUGGACUCCUACAUACCUAUAUUACAUUUCUGUAUAUCUAUUUGAAAGAAACAUUGCAUCUAAGCCACCUUGAAGGUAUAUUCAACUGCGGAUUGGUAUACAAAUGGAAUCAUUACUUUUGAAAACUACAGCCUUUUCUCAUUCCAACUUUAAUUUAAAACAAUUGUCAAUAUAUUUAUAAAAUUGAAUAGACAAAAGUGAAGCGUUUACACUAAUCACUGCUAUUGAAUUCAUAAUAUUUGUUGAACCAGUGUAGCACCACAUUGCAUGUGCCAGAAGUUAAGGAAAUCUGCUAGUUUUAUAAAAAAUAACAAAUUAAAUCUGCGUUAAACCUUUGUUAUGACCUCCCGUUAUGUCUUCGUAAAAUGUUCUUGUGCAAAUUUAUUUCAGAUGCUCUUAAUUUGUCUUAUGUUUAUUUCUAAAUGUAUUCAACUUUAAACUUAACACUUUGGUUUGUGUGUGUAAAUAUUUUGCUUGUUUCAUAUGCCAUUCGCUGAUUUAUAAAUAAUAAACAAUACUUCGAAACAUUUAA